AUGUGUAAUCCCAAAUUAAAUCAUUUACUGUAUCAGUUCUAUUUACCGGCGCCCGAAAUUGCAGCAACUAAAUAUUUAAUUAAUGAUGACGAUGAUUCUUUUGUCAGCUACGGUGAAAGUGGUCAUCGUGAAAAUAAUCAUGAUCGUCUACUGAACAAAGGCAAUUCGGUUACAUUUAUAUUACGGAUAAAAGAUAUAGGUUUGACUAAAUCUACCACAAAUAUGAAUGGAAUUUCAUGGGCUCUUGCUUCUUCAUCGUCCUCAUCGACUUCAUCAUUGUCAUCCGUAUUAUUAAAUAAUAAUAAUCAUAAUAAUAAUUUAAUAUUAGCUACUGGAUCAGCAUGUCCAUCAAAUCCUGGAAUUGCAUGUAGUCAUGAUUAUUUAUCAGUUGAUGCUCGUAUAUCUAAUGUUUAUGAUGGUACAAUUAGCAAUAUACCAAUAAUUCGUUUUUGUUUAAUCAAUAAUUCCACAUUGAAAACAAUCGCUACAAAGACAAAAACAAAAUUAACAGAAAUAAAAAUGAUCAAUUCAUCAUUAUCUUAUUCUUCUCCUUCUUCUUCGAUCUCCUCUGGAUCCUCUUCAUUUAAUUCAAUGGAUUAUAAUAAAUUGUAUCCACCAGAUGAAUCAUAUUUAGUUGGGCAAAUUUAUGGUCCAAUCAGUAAUGUAUACGGUUUACAGUUUACAUCAAAUUUAAAUUUAUUAGAUCCAUAUAUUAUUCAUGGAAAAGGCAUAGUGUUGGAAUAUAUUGCUCUGUCAUGUGUUCCCAUCAAUCCACCAAGUGAAGCUUGUUUCACAUCUGAUGAACUUGCCACAUUUGUUGCACAAAUCACCAAAAAUUUACAAGAAAUUGAAAAAAACACAAAAUUAUCCUUGAAUAGUAAUCAAUCGGAUAUGAACAACAGCAAUGAUGUGCUGUUGAAGACUUCGACAACUAUCGACCAAUCAGAAUUAAAUACUACACAUACAUCAUUGUAUUUGAAAGCCGCCAAUAAUAAUGAUCAAGUUACGCAUCUUUCAUCAGUUGCUUUAGGCUCUAUACUUGGAAUAUUAAUAUUCCUUUUGGCCACUCUUCUUGUUGUUUAUAGUCUACGGCAUAAAUUAUUUGAACAUUAUCAUAAAACUAUUGAUCUAGCUGCAAUUUCAUCGUCAAAUCGUCUUGGUUCCUGUUCAUUGGGAACAUUUAGUAGAUCUAAAGAUACUUUAUUAUUUCCAACAUGUAAAAAAUCUCUCAUGUCAUUUCAUAAUAAUAGUAACAACAACAACAACCAUAAUCACACUAUUUUCACCAAUGGUAAUCUCUUCAAAUCUUAUCCACAUUUAUUGAGUCAUAAUACAAUCAAUGAAAGUUUCCCAGAUCUUUUGAAUACAGCACAACAACAACAAACAUUUUUACUUCAUUCAUCAACUGUUUCGGGUGUGAAUAGAAAACCGUCAAAUAUUGACUUUAUUACAGAUGGUCAUUUACCACCAUGGCGUAAUUCUUUUAUGAAAAGAAAUCAAAAAACUCCUACUGCUAUUUCAGCAUUAACAUUGGUACCAAAUACACCGAGUUCAGAUCGUCGACAGAUUAUGAAUUCCUUACCAUGGCUACGGACAAAUUCCACAUCUCAUAUUAGCAGUACUAAUGGUGCUCCCUCUACCUUUAAUCAUAAUACUAAUCAUACUAAUAGUACUACUAAUACUAAUAAGAAUAAUAACCAUUCAAGGUUUGGAGCAUCUAGUGAAACAAUUCUAUUUUCGUCAUUGAAUCCACCGAAUGGUAUGCCACGUUCAUGGUGGUUACCAUGGCGUAGAAGUAUGCGAAAAAAACGUCGACUAUAUACACAGUUACAAAGACGUCAGGAAAUUCAAUCAUUAUCUCAACGUGGUCUUUUAGAAUCAUCUGGUAGUUUUUUAGGGAAAUCCACUCCACAAUUACCAAAUAAUCGUCAUUUAAUGACAUCAUCAAAUAAUAGUGGGCUAUUGGUCAAUGAUCAUGUUUCAAGAUUUGGUACAACUGCUGAACCAUCAUUACCUGCGAUACCUAUAUCAUCAUCGCCAUCAUCAACAUCAUCGUUAUCAAACAAGGAAGAAUUGAUUCAUCAACAUCCAUACUCAAAUCACAUUUUUUUAAGAUCGGAAAGAUCUGGGAGUGAAAGAACACGACAAAGUACAAAGACGUUGAUCACGACAACAGACAACGGUAGUAAUUCCGGGAUAGUUAGCGCUUUAUACGCAAAUGAUGAUCAAGCGAAUUCACCAAUUUAUACAAAGUAUCUUAUGAAUUUGCAAAAUAAUAAUAAUAAUAGUAAUAGAGACAUUACAUCACCGUCUAUUUAUCCCAAGACUAAUUCAAAUAUACAAUCUAUUUCAUGGAUCAAUGUGAAUGAUAAUGAUUUACCAUGGAAAUUUACACCACCAAGUAGAAAUAGUUUUAGUAAUGGUAUUCGACGAUUAUCAUCAUUUUUUCGUAGUUUUAAUCAAAGUAACGGAUCAUUUACACCACCAAGAUAUCAUAAUAACAAUAAUAGUAAUAGUUAUGGAUUAUCUUAUAAAAAAUCAUCUUUAAGGUCUUCAUCAUUCAAUACAUCACGUACAGAGAUGAUGCCAUCAAUGCCAGUAUUACCUACAUUUAAUUAUUUGACUACAUCAAAUAAUAAUAAUAAUAAUAAUAAUAAUAAUAAUAAUAAUAAUAAUAAUAGUGGUGGUAAUAUUGUACCAUUGACCAGUCAUUAUCCGGUUAAUAAACAACAUUUUGAUUCAUUUCGAUUACAUGGUCGUCAUGUUACUCAUCCGUUGAUGCAACCAGCUUUACAAUCAAUGUCAGAAUCGAAGGAUUUACAUAGAAAACAUAAUUAUAUCGAGAAUAUGUGGAGUACUCAAACAGUAAAACCAUCAUUAUUUCAUCAAGAUGCUUAUCAACACCAAAAUCACCAUACUAUGUAUAGCAGUGGAGAUGAACAUACUACCAUCAAUGAAAUGUUAUCACGGAACACAACAAAAACUAGUUUACAAGGAAGUAGUCGAAUAGAUUCCUUACUAUCUACAGAAUUGAUUGAUUUAUGCAACAAUAACAAUGGGUGUAGUAAUAAUAAUAAUAUUGUAAAGAAUGAUCCAUUGGCUAAAUUAAAUUCUACUUCAGUGACAGUAAAACAAGCGGCACCGACUUCAAUGUACAAUAGUUCAUUAAAUUAUAAUAAAUUUGAUUAUAUUGAAAAAGAUGAAUUAAAUCAUUUACCAUAUCUAACAACUGAUCCAUAUUUGGAACCUGUUUCAUUGAAACGAAGACAACAACAGGAAAAACAACCGGAUCAUUUGAUAAAUACAGAGAAAAUCAAUCUCAUUGAUCAUUAUGAUGAUAUGGAUCUCGAUACAGCAGUGAAUGAAAAUAGUGAUUUAAUCAAAUUAAAUAGAAAAACAUUCAGUGGAUCGGCUUUCAAAAUCAACAUGAAUAACGAAUUUCAUCAGAUAACAUUUUUGUCAGUGUAUACAAGUAUCCUUUAUCCUUAUUAUCACUGAUGAUGAUGAUGUUGAUUAAUUCGUAAAUUGAUGUUGGUGUGAAUCAAAGUUAAUUGUUCAGUCAAGUAGAAUUCAUGUGGCAGUAUGUAACACCAAUCAGAAGUGUAAUGCCUGGCAGCAGAAGAUUGAGAAGAUCGAAUUGAAGCGAACAAGAAUUUAAACAGAGAGCAAUUGUCAUAGCGAUAGAAUUGAAACAAUCGUGAACCAUGAAGAAGACAACUAAGGGAAGAUGUGCAAGCACUUUAUUUUAUGUUUGGUUUUCAUGUUAUAAAAAGGCACACUCCAAUUUCGCAAUAAACAAUAGAUUGGUCUGCUCCAUUGAAUUCUUCGUUCACUACACACAGUCUAAUAUUGUGUCAACUUUCGUGAUUAUCGAUUACCAUUGAUUUCUGUUUAUAAUUGCAUUUUCUUCCUAGAAUGUGAUCAACAUCGUGCAGUUCAUAGUGGAACAAGUUCAGCAAUUAGUUCAUUAGUAUUCGCUGAUGAUUAUGAUCUUUCUAAAGUGUCAGAAAAUUCAAUAAAAAGUCGAAAAUCUGAUCAAUAUAGUUCAUUACACCUGAUCACAUCACAAACUGUAUCAUCAAAUGAAACUAAUUCACUGAAUAAUAAUAAUUCUACAAUAGAUGUUACGACGGUUAUUACCAAUAUUUGUACUACUACUACUACUUCUACAACCAACAUUUCAAUCCCCACUGCUACAGCAAUUGUUUCUAACACUGAUGACAUUGUUGCUCUACCUCGACAGAAAAACCCAACUAAUAUUGAUUAUGUAACUUAUGAUGAAACACGUUCGUAUGAUAAGAAAAAUAACCGAUUUACACUGAAUAAAAUUACUGACCAACGACCAUAUUCAAUUGAUUCUAACUGUAAUCCGUUGAAUACAAAUAAGAAACUUGUAGCUGGAACAGUAACAGUUGCAUCAGGAUUGUUAUCAUCAGAUCAUGAAGUUCAACGUAGAAUUAAUACAAUGAAAGGUGAUUCUGAUUCACGCCCAUUAUCUGAUGCAAUGAUCAGCAAUCAUUAUUAUGAUUUAAAUCGUAAUAUAAAUUAUCAAGAAAUAUCAAUGGAAUCAUCAUUACAAGAAGAGGAAAACAGGGAUUCUAAUCAUCAAUUAUUAUACAAAUCUCAUCCACCAUUACCACCAUUAUGGUCUAAUAAUAAUAAUACUAAUACUACUACUAAUAAUAAUAAUAAUAUGCAACAUUUGAAUAAAAACGACAUUAUUACUGCCACUACUACUACUACUAAUAAUAAUGAUAGUAGUAAGAGAAAUUUUGGUUCAGUCGAUUCAUUAUAUGAAACAGUGGAUUUGCCUAGAACUAAUUUACCGACCUCAGUGUUAACAUCGACAACAAUGAUACAUCAAAAACAACAUUUCAUGGAUUUCGGAAAUAUUGUCAAUAGCGAACAUUUACGUCAACAUCGACGUAGUUGUAUGGCAUUACCGCCAACACCAUCAUCCCUAUUCAAUGCAAAAGCACCGAUACGUUUAAUCGGUGAAAUGGAUGAUUGGAAUUUGCCUAGUUGUUCUGAUGAUUCGGAAUAACUAAUUUACGGUCAAGAGAAAGGAGAAAACAAUGAGAAUUCUUGUAUAGAUCAAAUAUAUUAAAUAAAAAUAUUCAAUUUGUAAACAAUUUACAAUGACAAUCAAUCCACCUUUUAUUUAUUCUCAGCUUCAAUUUGAUAAUUCCGUAUCACAGUUUUAAUUAAAUGAACUUCCAUUCACAGUGGAAACUGCUCCCGAGUUUUACUGUGAGUAUUCAAACGAUGAGUUUUGGAAAACAUUGAUAAACAUGGGUAGUUUGUUUCUCUACAAAUGUAUUGUACAUUUUAUCAAUCUUAUAUGGUUGCAAAACCUGACGCUGUUUAGCUGAAGAUAUUCAGUGAUCUUUCUAUAUUCCAUUGAGUUUAUGUUCCAAGACAUCUUAACAUUCAGUAGCGAAAUCUCAUCAAUAUUUUUGGUUUCGCAAUGUGCUUUCGGAUAUAAUGGUGAUUAUUCAGUGUGUUUGUGUGUGUUAUCAUCUUGAAACGACAUAUUCUGUAGCUUCUUUUAAAAACGAUAUUUUAUAGACUUCCACGUCUACAUAAAACUUGUCAAUGCUGGUAAUAAAUGGGGAAAUAAAAAUCUUCGUAGCAAAACUAUGGGUCUGGGUUCAAUUUGUGUUAACGUAUUUCAACGGUACCGUUAACUAAAACGAAGAGCUUGUCUUUUUGGUAUUUCUGGGUCGUCAAUGAUUGUCCAAAAUCAGUUAGUAGUGUAAACGUUGAAAAGUCAACAAUCUUUUAAUGUGAUUAAUUGGAAAACUAUUCAGUUAACUCCACAGAAUAAUGAUAUCAAUAAAUGAUUUCCUUCUACUUUUUUUCUUUAUUUCCUCAUCCUGUUCGAAUGCGUUUCUCAUUAGGAUUACUCCAAUUAUGUUCUACUCUUAGCUCGACUUUUCUUAAACUGUAUUGUCAAAAAAGAGCCCAGACAUUGGUACCAUUCAAAUAUACAUGAAUUUCAUUCAGCUGUUCAAACAUAAAACCAUGUCAUCUACUGACAACAAAUUAUCCACAUAUACCUCUUUCCAUGAUCCAGACCAUAUAUAUUACUUAUUUCGUUAUAUUUUUAAACAGAUUGAGAAAUCCUUUACUGAACUGUAAGUGUCUUCCAACAAUACACUUUCUCAGUUACUCUCUUUCUAGAUAAAUUCUCAGUAUGUUCUUGACUUGAUAUUUUUUACUUUUCUGACUGUAACAGAAUAUUUUUAUCAAUCUUUUCUUUUGUUUAAAUGAACAUCAUUUUCAUUCAUUGAUAUGUAUAGCUAUGAGUAUGGACGUAUUCCUUUUCGAUGAUAUUGUCUUCUCUAAACUAGUUAGGUUAGUUACGAAGCUGUGAAUAUUCCUUGUAAUUGAUCCAUUCAUUUCAAAUAGCAUGUAUGAUAGCUGGUUGGAUUCAACUGAGCUUUCAAUUUUCGCGUUAUACAUGUCUAUAUAUAUCUACAUAUACUCUUCUUUGCUUCUCUAUACUUCUGUCCAGUUUAUUCGUAUUUAUAUGAGUUCAGUUGGAUUUUCAAUUUUGGUAACACGUACACACACACACAACGUACUCAAUUCAUACUUGCUGUUUCUACAAUUUCUUUCAUUGAAACUCAUCUUCACACCUUGUACAUUUUUUAGUGCAUAGAAUCUAUAAAAUCAGUAUGGUGCACAUAUCUUCUACGGCAAACUCCAUUCAAUGGUUUGCUUUCAAGCAUUACCAAAGUGACAUUUUACGUCUCUGUUUUCCUCACUUACAAUUCCUUUGUUAUUUAUACUUUACAAAUGUACACAGAAAAUAACUUUGAUAUUAAUACUAUUCUCUCCUCGUCCUUUUUUACGACAAUACUGAAUUAUGCUUGCCCACUAUUUACGUAUAUACAAAACUAUAGAUAAAUAUCUAGUUCCUCAAUG